GUCCUGCGGCGAUUAAAUAACACUAUCCAUACCGACGCCACGCCUGGUGGGGAAGUUUGUAACGUGAAGUCCAUGUAGAGGUCGAGCGAGGAGGAACUACCAGGGGUGAGGAGCCUGAUCAGAUGUCCCCAUGUUAAGGUGGAAUCGUCGACCUCUGGCUGGAUUAGAGCCUCUGCUAAGCAAAAGGAAACGCUUGAUCAGUCUGAACACCGUAUGGGACGGAUACCAGACUCACACAAGUGACAGAGCAACACAACAUGUAGCCCCAAAGAGCAUCUGUGAAUCCGAAGCCCUUGAGACCGGUGAUCGGAUUGACUCGACAAGCCUCUCCGAGCAAACCGCCUCUUGGGCUGACACACACAACUCCGUGAAAAGAGUUCUAGAUCACCUCAAGUCAAAACAAGACACUGGUGAAUUUUUCCUCAGCGACACAGUGAACCAGAAAUUUGGGGAGUUUCACCGCAACAUCAGCGACGAAUGCGGUGCAGAGGAUAAGCAGCAUUCGUGGGCCGUUCUUGAGAAAAAGGAGGCGAUCAUCAUGUACGGACCUUAUUAUCCAAACUACAACAAGGGGGAGCACAGCGAGGACACCAUCAUACGACAAACUCAGGAGCUCCUGGAGACCGAAGGCGACCCAGAAGACUGGAAGGUGUACAUUUUCACCAUGAACAGCCCUUGCUUGGCGAGAAACACAGAUCCAUGCAUGCUAAAGCUGGUCCAUAAGGCUCAGGAGUGGUGGCGCUUGUACGGAGUGAAGACUCAUAUUGGCUUUGUAAGAUGCUGGGGCUUCAAAGGAAACAAAGAAAAUGUCUUCAAAGACAUCAGCUACCAACAAGUAGAAUGCAUAAAUCAGAGUGAAGACUUUAAGAGUUACGUUCAAACAGCUGAAAAGGCCUUAACUGAUGCUGAUCCUCUGUGUGAAGCUGUGUUUUGUGUUGCUAAGCGUCUGCUGAAAUCUGAACCAGUCAAAGAGUUCCCAUUAACGACUACGGUGCAGAAGCAGGACCGGAAGAGCUACUGCAAAAGCAUGCACACGAAAUUUGAAAGCAAACCCGAAGAUGAGAGAAAAGUCCUGACGCAGGAAGUGAGAAGAGUGACGGAAGCUGCAGAGGUUCUGCUGUCAGAUCAAACUGGGAGUCUGGAGGAAUACCUAGAAAGAGGAAGCAGGUUUAUACUGGGUCACAGCUUCGCCUCCCAGGUGUGCGGCACCCUCCAGGAUGAAAUGAGGCUGGCUUUCCAGCAGUGCUGGACGGAGAUGGUGCAGGACAUGUACGCGGAGUUCAUCAGGGAGAAGCUGACCGAGGACUUUAAUCACUGCACCAUCCAGCUGUUUAUCCAAGACAUCCUGAAGAUCACAGCAGAGUGUUUACAGAUCGGAAAAGUCGAGCUUUCAGAGGAAGAUCCAAAUGCUUUCAGAUUUUAAACAAUCAAAACGAUAAAGGCACACCACCUCUGGAUGGAUCCAGAAACAAGAAGCCACUAAAGAACUGCUUUUAUUGCACUGAGAAGAUCAGGUUGAAUGGCUACUUGACAUGAGAAUGAUGAUCGAUGGCCUAUGAGUUCACCAUAGUGAAUAUAUUGGCUGUUUUUAAUGAAAAAAAAAGACAUUUCCCACAGUAGAUGUAAUUUUCUGUCACGGCAGAAAAAAGGCACAGAUCCAGUUAAUAACAGCAACGGCAAGCGGCUAUAAAAUGCUAGAUUGUGUAACAUGGAUCCAGCUGUUGCUGAGGAUCUAAUAAUGAUCAAAAGUUGUUGUUUUUUUUUACCGAUCCUUUUUCUGUGGUGAAAUUUAAUUUAAAGCUCUAUGUAGUUUAUACUGAUAAUUUUCAAUUGGAUAUAGAUGUAGAUUAAAACUGUUUCCUGUCACAACUGGAGUACUUCAUUUUCUAUACUACUACAUUUGAAGAACUGAAUAGGAAAUCCCACAGCAGUUUCUCUGGUUUCACUCAAGAUGAAACAUUUUUUUAGCUUUUAAAUGUGCUUCAGCACC